AUGACUAUUGCGUUUGUUCCGGGUGAUGGUUCAGCCUAAGAAAAGUUCAAUGGAUUCUACAGCUGUUCCAAAGGCCAUAAUUGAGAACAGUCCCAGUUCCAGCCCGAGUCACUGUCCAGAUCCCGAUUCCGUGACCUGCCCCACUCGCAAACACUCGGAAUUAGGAUCUCGCUCGAAAGUGACUCGCAUCAGGGGCAGACCUGCGGCAGCAAACGCUGCGCGGGAGCGUAGCCGGGUACAAACCCUGCGACUUGCCUUCUUGGAGCUGCAAAAGACUCUACCUUCAGUUCCUCCGGACACUAAAUUGUCCAAACUGGAUGUCCUAAUCCUGGCAACCACCUACAUUGCACAUCUAACCCGCACCCUGGAAGAAAGUCUGGAGGAGGGGGAAAGUCGGAAGUCUUCCGAGUUAAUGCAUUCUCUCAAAGUAGACGGAUAUCUGCAUCCGGUCAAAAAGUGGCCGAUGCGAUCCCGGUUGUAUGUCGGUGCAACGGGACAGUUUCUGAAUUCGGGUCAAUCCGAGAUUCAAACUCAAGCCAAGACGACCAGUCCUGAUCCCGUCUAAACUGGAAACUGCCUAAAACUCUGCAAGGCUUCUAAAACUUGUCAUACCGAUGUCUCACUGGCAAUUUUUCAAUGAACCUUUUGAAACUUACCACGUGUACCACUGAUUUGGCCAAGACCUCUUCCUUCGUUUAGUCACUCAAGUCGGGCACAAUGAUAUGGAAGCACCAAAGCUUAAACUUUGAGAAACGAGGAAGCUGACGUUUUCAAUUCAAUUGUUUACUGUUACAUGGUGUUGAAAAGCUUGGCUGGGUUGGUAAGAGUGAAAAUUCGGCUCGACUGAUUGGCUACGCACUUUCAAUUGAAAUAGGUUUGCACUAAAGCAUGAUUCAACAAAACGAAAACUAUGUGCACAGCUGGCCGCAGUGGAUGCGUGCGCACUUUCUACGAUCAC